AUGCAACAAGAACCAGACCACCAUGAUCGUAGAGCCUCAGGACGCAGUCGCGUCAUGACGGCCCUCACCCACGCACUCGACGAGCUCGGCCUCGUCACAAUGUAUCAAUCCCCUCGCGACGUCAAAUUUCUCUGCGCUCAGCGUUUCGUGCGGCUCUUCGCGUAUGGCGGAUCGACGUUGAUCUUGGCUUCGUAUCUUUCGGCCAUUGGAGUCACGGAUGAUCGCAUUGGCUUGUUUAUGACCUUGACGUUGGUGGGCGAUGUGGUGAUCAGUUUCUUUUUGACUUUGUUUGCGGAUGCAAUGGGUCGAAAGGCUGUGUUGGCGCUGGGCUCAGCUCUGAUGGCGGGCAGUGGUGUGGUGUUUGCCAUGUCGGGGAACUACUGGGUGCUUCUUGCGGCGGCGGUAUUUGGAGUGAUCAGUCCGAGUGGAAACGAAAUCGGCCCCUUCCGCGCCGUGGAAGAAUCAACACUGGCGCACCUCAGUCCCAAGGAGAAGUUGCCUGACAUCUUUGCCUGGUAUUCAUUGCUAGGUACAGCGGGUACAGCGCUUGGUCAGUUGAUCUGCGGAUGGUUGAUCAGCUCUUUACAAGCUUUGCACGGCUGGACGUUUAUCCCCUCGUGCCGAGUCAUAUUUUUCGUAUAUGCGGGCGUGGGUCUGAUCAAGUUGGUUCUCACGCUUGCUUUGACGCACAAGGUCGAGACAGAGGACAAGCAGCGAGCUCGUGAACAGCGUCCCACUGGCGAGACGCAGCCUUUGCUAGCCGAUGCAUCACCCGCGGCGCAGGAGUCUUCAUCACCCAAAAAUGGAAAGAAAUCAUUAUUCUCUUCGGUCGAAAAGGAUCUCUGGUCUCUCAUCAUUCGAUUGUUCAUCCUGUUCGGAAUCGACUCAUUUGCCUCUGGUCUUGCUUCUCUGUCUUGGAUGACAUACUUUUUCCAUCGCAAGUUUAGCCUCCCCGAGGGUGAGCUCGGAACCAUUUUCUUCGUGACCAGCUCCAUCUCUGCAGCAUCGAUGUUGAUAGCAUCGUCCAUCGCCAAGCGUAUUGGAAACGUCAAGACGAUGGUCUUCACCCACCUGCCCUCCGCCAUUUGUUUGGCCCUCAUCUCCGUCCCCAACAGUCUCCCUCUAGCUCUCACGUUCCUUGUUCUCCGCGCGUGCUCCCAAAACAUGGACGUUGCACCACGCUCAGCUUUUCUCGCUGCAGCCCUUCCCGCGGACAAGCGUACGGCGAUCAUGGGCGCCGUCAACGUGGUCAAGACCACUAGUCAAAGUCUCGGUCCACUGUUGACCGGUAUUUUGGCCCGACACAACAGAUUUGGCGUCUCAUUCAUUAUUGCGGGUUGCUUGAAGGUCACUUAUGACUUGGGCAUGUUGGCUAGUUUUGCUGGGAAAGAGGCGGAAGCUAGAAAGCAGGCUGCACGUGAAGAGACGGGGGAUGAAGAAGAGGAGAUUAGGUAA